CUUUCUUUUCUGAUUCCCAUGAGCCUCAGUAACUCUGUGCCUCUGUCGAGAGAAAGAUGUAAGUUUGGAGACGCUGUCGUUGUUGGUGAACGAGAGUAGAGAGGAAACUCCGCAGUUUCCGUCAUUUGGUCUCUGAAAAAAGGUUGCACUUGAGGUGAUCCGAGGUACCAAAGUUGGCCUGUUCCUGUGGAAGUGGACUCAUGCACAUUGACCCUGCACUUUGCUGGAAAGGCAUUUGAAGUAACCAUGUGUCAAUCCGAAUCCAGUGCGACAGUGUUGGACUGGUUGGGUGUGAUACGGUUGGAGCAGUACACUGACUUGUUUCUGAGUGCCGGUUUAAAGACAAUACAAGAAUGUCAGCAUCUUACACCAAAUCAACUGGAGCGCAUGGGGAUUACCCUACCAGGCCACCAGAGACGCAUUCUAGCUAGCUUAAACAAAACCCAGAUUACGCAGGAAACUGCACCUGUACCACCCGAAAGAGAUCAGCAAACAUGGAGGCCACAGCCUGUUCCAAGAGAAGUAAAACCAGAAAGUGAUGGAGAAACAAGGAUACCUGUUCCUAAAAUGCGAGACAAACCAAUUCCUAAGGAAAGACAAGUGUACAAAAUGCAAGAGAACUGUAAGGAACAAGGAGAAGAAACAGGUCUUGCCCAAAAAAAUACAGCACUUGGAGAAGGAGAACAAGAAGAUGGCAAUGGAGAACUAGACAAGGACCAGCCCAAGCCUCAACCAAGAGAAAGGACUAAGUUUCGUUCAAGUGCCCCAGUUGACUCUUCCAGUCCAACCAAUUUACCCCCAGUACCCCCUCGAAUUACAAUCAACUUCCCUCCCCAGUGCUUCACAAAUUCUUUGGCCCCCUCCCAGCCGGCCCCAGGUCCUGUUUCCCCAAGAUUGGACAAACCUCCAUUAGAACAGUGCAGAUCUCUUCCUGGGCGUUCAACCCCACUGUUCUCUGGUAAUUCCUCAGAAGUUUUCCCUGAAAGCCUCUCCAUCCAGUCUACUCCAGCCAGGCCUCGGACAUUAAAUAUUCAACCUCCUGAGCCUUCUGCUUUUUUGAAUAGCGAUGGAGGUGACAAAGCUUCACCCAUCUCACCCACUACCAACAAUAUGAUAAAUGCUCCACCUCUUCCUCCAAAAGCAGGAGUUGGACCUAAAAGCCCACCCCCGUUACCACAGCGGUUACUUGCUCAGUCUCCCACACAAAGCCCAGCACCCAGCAAAACAGGAACCGAUGAGAUACCCAGAAACCAGCCUCCACAAAUCCCACUUCGAAGCAAGACACCCCAAAUACAGGAGAACUGCACACUGCCCCCUCAGGCAGACCUGCAGCCAGCUGUCCCAUCCAGGAGGGUCCCCCAACCUCCAAGUCCGCUCAUUUUCAGUUCUCCUGACCAUCAUCCUCUACCAGGUUCGGACUCUGAUGACAAUACUUCUGAUGAGUACGAGAGACCAGACUUCCUCUGCAGUGUUCUUCAAGAGAACAUGGCAGACGAGAAAUCGCGCCUACAAGUGUCCAGUGACUUUUGCAGUGACGAUGAAAUGCUGGAUGAUGAUGACUAUCAUUCCCUCUGGCAAGAUGGGCAAGAUAGUAUGAAAGGCAGUUUAUAUUUGCCGCACAACAUGUCCAUGAGGGAGGACAUCUCUCAGCAAUCCACUGUCAUCAAGCAGGGCUGGCUGAGCAAGAAUCCACCACAGGGGGCUCUUUACUACCAGAGGCGAUGGGUUAGGCUGGACUCUGAUUAUCUGCGAUACUUUGACAUUGAAAAGGCUGUGUAUUCCAAGGGAAUUAUCUCAACUGCGUUUAUCACUAAAGUGACAGCGGUGGGAGACCUGAAGUUGGAGGUUGUCACGAGCAAUCGGACAUUCAUCUUCAAAGCUGAAAGUGAAGAUGAUAGAAAUGAGUGGGUGAAUGCACUGGAGGAGUGCACCAGGGGGCGCCGUCGCAGCAGUGUGCCGAGCCCAUCCUUGAUGUCAGACCUCCAGGGCUAUCUGGAGCUCAGAGGAUUACGCUCCAAACUUUACACUGUUAUUGUCUCAGACAAAGUCUUCCUCUACAAAAACAUCGAUGAUUAUCACAUUGGAGUCGGUAUCACAUCCAUUGAAAUGAACGUUGGAAGUGUUAAAGAAACAGAUCGCCGCAGCUUCGAUCUCAUCACCCCCUACCGUAUAUUCAGUUUCACAGCAGAGUCUGAACAGUUGAAAGACCAGUGGGUGGACGCCAUGAGGAACGCAAUAGGCUUGGCACUGUCCACUAGUGAAAUAGCUGAGCGAAUCUGGGCGGAGCCAAGCAACAGUUCCUGUGCUGACUGCGCGGCGCCGAAGCCAGAAUGGGCUGCCAUCAAUUUAUGUGUCGUCAUCUGCAAACGAUGUGCAGGAGAACACAGAGGACUUGGUCCAAGUAUCUCUAAAGUUCGGAGUUUGAAGAUGGACAAGAAGGUGUGGACAGAAGAGCUCAUUCAGGUGUUCUUGUUGCUGGGCAACGAGCGUGUGAACAGUUUCUGGGCUGCUAACGUCCCACCAAGUGAAGCUCUGACGCCCUCUAGCUGCAGCGAAGACAGACGGCGAUACAUCUGUAACAAAUAUCGUCAGGGCAAAUACAGGAAGUAUCAUCCUCUCUAUGGUAACCAGCAAGAACUCAAUGAUGCUCUCUGUAUAAACGUGCAGUGCAGCGACGUGCUGGAAACGCUAAGUCUGAUCUUCUGCGGCGCAGAUGUGAACUGCUCAACAGGCAUGGCAAGCUGCCCCACCCCCCUGUCCCUGGCCACUACACACUCUCAGCCCUUACAGGCGGAGGUGAUCAGCCUGAACCUCAACACAGAAUUACCAUCAGAAAUCAAUCAGGAGAUGGAUCCAGCUCAUUACCAACCAUCUCCAUGUGUGUCCCACAAUGGCUUCCUGUUCAAAAUUGCCUCCAUGGCACGGGCCAUCACAGAACGCAAGAACAAAGAAGAGUUCUGCCGUCGCUGGUGCACACUAAACGAUGGGCUCUUCAGCUACUAUGAUAGUGACAAAAAUGCAAACCCUAACAGAUCCCUUAAGAUCUCAGAGAUCGUCUGUCUGGCAGUGGACCUGCCAGAAAAGCAUGGGUACAACUACACGUUUGAACUCUACUCAGAGUCUGAGAGGCUCUACUUGUUUGGCACCAGCGACCCAGACAGCCACAAGGAGUGGGUCAAAUCUAUUGCCAAGAGCUUGAUACCGGCAGCAGCUGAGCCAUUGUUAAGACUUAACUUCGAGCGCAUUGGAAAACUCAAGUAUAAAGACGGCUUGAACCUACAAACAUCCAAGGUCGGCUGGUUUGCUCUUGUGGGCUCCACACUUCACGCUUAUCUGGAGAGCAGCCAAGGGGAGAAGAUCCAUCUCCGGAAACUGAAUGAACUCUCAAUUCAACAAGACAAUGGAGUUCUGGUUCUGGUGGAGAAAGGCAGGACUUUGUACAUUGAAGGAGAAAGGAAGUUAGACUUUGCUGGGUGGUGUGGAGCCAUCCAGGAAGCAGCAAGAAGUGGAGGAGACACGCUGAGCGAGCAGCAGCUCACAGAGACGGACGUUCCUGUCAUAGUUCUGAGCUGCAUCGGCUUCAUCACGCAGUACGGUCUGAAAUCAGAGGGCAUUUAUCGCAAGAGUGGUGUGAACUCUCGCGUGGCAGCCUUAUGCGAGAGAUUCCGCAGAGAUGCUCGCAGCCUAUGCCUGAAGGAGGGGGAGCAUCAGGUGGACGAUGUCUCCAACACACUCAAACGUUUCUUCAGGGAACUGGAGGACGGGCUGUUCACCUCAGAAAAUGCCAACAUGUGGCUCACGGUAGCUGCCAGUGCUCAUGAAAACUCAAAAAUCUCUCAGUACAAGAACUUGUUGAACCAACUUCCUCAUGUCAACAAGGCAACACUACAAGCUCUUAUCAACCACCUGUACUGUGUGCAGUGUUUUUCUGACCUGAACCAGAUGAACCUCCACAAUCUGGCCAUAGUGUUCGGUCCUACUCUGUUCCAGACGGAUGGGAAGGACUACACUGCUGGGCGCGCCAUCGAGGACCUCAUACAGCACUACAUACUCAUCUUUGAGGUUGAUGAGCAGCAGCUAAAAAAGCAGCUGGAGGAGAUCAAAGCCAUUCUGAUGAUGCACGAUAAACUCAAUGUAAAGUUUCCUCCACGACCGGAAUUUACUCCAGCUCCCAGCUUCAUCUGUACUGUGUAUCUUGAGGAGAAGGAUGGGACGAUAGAGCAGAGUGUGCAGAUUCCUGGUUCCAUGACGGCAGCAGAGCUAACAUGUGAAGUUCUGGAUAAGCGUAACAUCCCAUUUAAAGACAAAGAAUACUGGAGCUGCUGGGAAGUCUGUGACAAGGAGGAAAUGGAACGUCCUCUGCAUUAUCAGGAACGGGUCUUGGCCAUUCUUCAUUCUUUAGGGACCGACUCACAUUUACUCAUCAAGAAGCAUCCCGGCAUGGACGCUAUGCUCGUCUACUUGUCCGCUAAGUCGGAUGCCUCCAAACACGGGAUGAUGAAAUUCAGAGAGGAGCGAAGCAUCCUGGGAUUGGGGCUGCCCUCCGGGAAUUUCCACGACCGAUAUUUUAUCCUUAGUUCGAGCUCUCUCAGAAUGUACAAAGAAAUUAGAAGUAACCGUCCAGAGCGGGAAUGGCCCACGAAAAACUUGAAGGUUUAUAUCGGAAUCAAAAAGAAACUUCGCGCUCCCACAUGUUGGGGUCUGACUGUUGUGAAUGAGAGCAAGAAGCAGGAAAAGUCUGAGAGGCAGCAGUGGUAUCUCUGCUGUGACACCCAAUCAGAAAUGAAGGAAUGGCUCGCCGCUUUCCUCAGCUUUCAGUAUGAUGGUGAUGUGUGGCCUCAGGACGGACUCCAGCAGACCCGGGUUAGCCGCGUGCUGCCCGACGCACGUCAUGGUAACGUGUCACUGAUUCCGUUGCGUGGCAGUGAGAAUGAGAUGCGGAACAGCGUAGCAGCUUUCAGUCAAGACGCGCUUUCUCUCUUUAGAGACGUGCGGUAAUGCUCGCCGCGGUGCACGCUAGCAGAGUGGAAGGUGGGGCACCCUAGUAGACCUCUAAAUAUUCCAGCGACUUCAUUGUUCUGGGAUUGUAGCGACCAGAUCGAAGAAUGUUUCCAGAACACCGACACCAGCAGAGUCUGACCUUAAACUUCCAUUCCGACAGAGCAGAAGUCUGGAUCUUACAGAUACGAAACCCGAAUGUUCUCCGGUUUCAAUCCAAACCUGAGGAAGGGACGAGAACUGAAGCGGAGACGGACCACAAACCCCCUGGACUCCACUGCUCCUUCCAGCUUAUUGUGCAACAAGUUUGCACUUAUAUCCCAUAGUUUCCACUGUUUACAAGAAGGAAGCAUGAAGUGCAUUUAUUCCAGAACAGACUCUUCUAGUUUUAGGCACAAAGCCGGUGUGCUUAAGUUAUUAUUUUAAUAUUUGAAUAUGUUUUUGUAGCUGAAUCUUUUUUUUUUUUGCUUAGUGAAUCAAUGACAUUGCGUAGAAGCUUAGCUUUAAACACUUUAAAACCAGAGUUAUUCAAGGUCUCCUGAUUCUAAUGUGGACUCUAACGUUGGGGGACCAGCAUCUGUUACCCUACAUUUGUCGUUUCUGUGGUCGUGUUGCAUGUAUGUGCUUGUGUCAGAUGUAUGUAUGAGAUUCUAACCUGUGGGAAGACUUGGCUGCUGUGGUGAAACUGAAGGACCUCCUAAAAACCCGAACAAGAACGUCGCACCUGAGAGCAAAAAGUUUGGCUAGAAAAAAUAUCAAAAACGAAAGUUACUUAAUGCAUUACAGUUAAACUAUCUAAACCUUUAAGGUUAGAUGUUAAACUACAUUUACAUGUUCUAUGUUCAUAAUGUGUGAGAUAAAGUCCAACAACAGGUGAUUUUAUUUUUUUUAGAGACAUGUUUCCUUUAAAGAUCUUUGAGCUUAAGAAACAAACAGAUUAAAACAACUGUAUUCUGUUUACUGAAUCUCAUCUUGUACAUAUUUAAUUUAAAAAAAUAAACUAUCAAUAGUAAAGA